UACGAUAGCCUUCCGCUGGGUACGCUAGUGCUCGUAGCGCUCCCGUAUUUUGAGGCUUACAGAUACCGGAGCCCAAACCAAGCGUCGCGGGUACAGGUUUCCCGUGUUUCGAGUACCGGAAAACGUUGAGUGUGUAUUUUCCCCCUCUGAAAAACAGCCCAUCUCCGAAAGGCGUUUGAAAUCGGACACCGCUGGCGUUGAGGCCGUCACGUUUGUGCGGAGGGAUACGUUGUUGCGUCUGACAAUGUGGACGGAGGUGGUGAAGAUGUCUACGAGAAGAAUGAAAUCAUCUCAGUUGUAACAACAAAAAAGGAAGACGUGAGAUUAGUUACUAUAAUAGAUUUGUUUGCACACAGACUUGUUACAGAGAGGCAAACACGUGGGCGUUGUGUGGAAAAAACAGGCUUCCCGGGACAAAAGGAAGACAUCUACUGUGCUCCAAUGCGUUUCAUGCACUGAGGUCGAAAUACUCUUGAAGUUUUAUGUUUUUCUCCUUGCGAGUCUCCGCUUUUCUUUUUACUCUUGGAUACCAGACACACGGGGAGGAGAGGGUUUAUUAGAAACUGAAGGGUAUGAACGAACAGCAGCAAAGAAUGGCUGCAGUGGAAACUGACAAGGAACUCAGCGACCUCCUGGAUUUCAGCGCGAUGUUCGCGCCUCCAGUAGCCAAUGGGAAAAACAGAACGAUGACACUCGCCAGCUCUCAGUUUGGUGGAUCAGCAAUAGACGAGCGUAGCGGCUCUGGGUCUUGGGGCUCCGCGGAACAGAACAGCCCCUCGUUCAGCCAAGGACGGGGUUAUGGAGAAGGAUCCCACUACAGUGAGCACGAAGCCUUGUCCUCUCCAUUCAUCAGUUCAGGGAUUGCUGGUAAAAAUGAGAGACCACCGUAUUCUUCGUUUGGAAACCAGCCUGGUUUUCUUCCUAGCGACAUUGCGAUGCCCAGCCCAGAUGCCAUGUCACCCUCUGGUCUGAAGUCUGGCUCUCAGUUUUAUCCUUCAUAUCCUAACAACCCCAGGAGAAGGCCGCCUGAAGGAGCCAUAGAAACCCAGCCAAAGAAGAUUCGGAAACCCCCUGGCCUGCCGUCCUCGGUGUAUGCUUCCACAUCUGGUGACGAGUAUACCAGAGAAAAUGGGGGAUAUCCUGGUGCUAAGCCUGGAGUCUACCCUACCUCUUUUUACUUGCAAGAUGACCCCUGGUCAUCUUCUGGCUACUCUGCCAUGCUGGGUAAUUCCCCUCACAUUGGACAACCAGGCUCCUUUUCUGCAAUCAAUCCACAGGACAGGAUGAACUAUCCUCUGCACAGCAGCGAGGUCAACGGCUUCCACUCGGCCCCGACCACCUACAACCACACGCCCACCAUCAACGGAGAAGGCAUAAUGGCCAACCGAGGCACCACAGCUGGCAGUUCAGGAGAUGAAAUUGGAAAGGCUCUUGCCUCAAUUUACCCAUCGGACCACAACAGUAAUAAUUUCUCCUCAGCUCCAUCUACUCCUGGAUCUCCUCAGGCCAUCGCAGGACCUCAGUCUCAGUGGCAAAGACCAACCACACCCAACUAUGAAGGGCCACCACAUGCACUGCAGAGUAAAAUGGAGGAUCGCUUGGAAGAGGCCAUCCACGUGCUCCGUAGCCACGCUGUGGGCCAGGGCCCCGGCUUAGAGGGCGCCCACUCUGACAUGCACAGCCUGCUGUCUUCAGUACACAACGGGGGCCUCGGAGGCCUCUCUCCGGCUUUCCCCAAUGCAAGUCUUGCCCUCAGCAACAGACAUCCCGCAAUGCAGGGUGGGAAACAUGAGGAGCCCACAGGUCUUCCUCCCAGCAGCACUCUCCUGCACGGUCAUCACGCAUCUGGACCCACACCAGCAGUAAGCCAGCCAGAAGGCUUUACCAGUCUCCCGGGUGGUUUGGCUCGUUCCUCACACUCCUCCAGCAGCUCAGAUAUCAAAAGAGAAGACAAGGAGGACGAUGAAAAUUCAUCUGUUGCAGACAAGUCAGAGGAGGAAAAGAAAGACACCAAAGCGGCACGCAGUCGAACAAGAAAGGAGGCGUUGACCCUCCAGAUGCUCUCUGGCCUUUCAGACCAGAAAGAUGAUGAUCAGGAAGACGAUGAGGACCUUCCCCCCGAGGUGAAGAUGGAGCGCGAGAGGGAACGACGAGUGGCUAACAAUGCCCGUGAGCGCCUUAGGGUACGGGACAUCAACGAGGCAUUUAAGGAGCUUGGGAGGAUGUGCCAGCUGCACCUCAGCCACGACAAACCUCAGACCAAACUUCUCAUCCUUCACCAAGCUGUUAAUGUCAUCCUCAAUUUAGAACAACAAGUCAGAGAGCGUAACCUAAACCCAAAGGCAGCGUGUUUAAAACGCCGCGAGGAAGAGAAGGUGUCUGGGGUGGUGGGUGAAGCACCCAUGCAGCUCUCAGGAGGCCAUCCUAGCAUGGGUGGAGAUGGCCACAAUCCAGUUGGCCACAUGUAACACCAGAUCUGGUGGUGUUUUUCUGGCUGUCAGAGGAUGUGGCCUUAACAGAUUUCUUCCACCCGUUAUUCUCAAGUGUGUAUGUGUGUGUGUGUGUGUGUGUGUGUGUGUGAGAGCGUGUGUAUGUGGACAUGUCUGUGUAUUGUCCGUUCAAAUUUCAAGAUGCACACUCGUACACACAUGCAUACUGCCAAAACUGACACAGCCUGUUUGUCGCACUCCCAACCAUGACUACAAGCUCAAAUGUGAAGAACUGCCUUUUUUUUUUCUUUCUUUUUUUUUUUUUAAUUACAUGUAAACUUUUUUUCUUUUCUUUUUUUCCUGGUUUCCACAUGAUGAUGAUGAUGAUGAUGGAACACAGGAGUACUAUUUUUAUUUCUUUGUCCUGCCACACAUUGGGGCUUCACACACUGCCGAGAGGUGCUCUGGUGGGAGUGGGGGGGAGAAGAGAGAGAGAGACCUAAACAAAUGAUUUGAAUCAAGGAUUUGUGCCUAAUUGUUACAUGUUUUCUAUUUGACAUUUAAGCAAAUUGCUUUACAUGUGAGGAACAUUUAUUGUGAGGGAUUGCUUAUGUGUAUGAGCAAUUAUUUUUAAUGUAUGUCAUUCCCAGCGUGAUGGUACAGUCUUACAUAUGUUAUGUAACCAAGCCCAUAGUUGAAGUUGAACUGUCAAAAUUAUUUUCUGUGUGUGUGUGUGUGUGUGUGUGUGUGUGUGUGUGUGUGUGUGUGUGUGUGGAGGUUGGGGAAAAGGUCACAAGGCAAAGGUCACAGUUUUGACAGUUGAAACGCAGCUUGAAGCAUGAAAGACGGAACUCUGACUUAGAGACAGUCUCUGGCCGGAGCCCGGUCACAUCACACAAGGCAUCUGGAGACUUGGAAUUGAAGACUUCUCCCUUGAAGACGAUAAUCUAUCCAAGUGGGAGAAUCUGUCAACAAAACAAAACUGUUCUUCCUGUUUGUUGACCACAAAUUCAAGUGUUACUCCAGUAGUUGCUUGUUAUCGAUCCAGGUUUUUGUACCGCUUUAUGUACUAAAGCAUCCACAGACGAAAGCACAGUCAUGUAGUUUUAGGCUGGACUUUGAGUGUUGACCUGUUUCACGUUUCAGUCCCUGUGAAAGUCUGUAUGAAAGCCAUUUGAAUUACUCGCUGAGUGAACAGCGCCCUUUAGUGCUGUAUCUUUGAAGUGGUUUUGAUGGUGCCAACAGACUUAACGGCUCGAAUAUUUCCCCUUAAUUGAAGUUCAGCAAAAGGAGAAAAACAAAAAUUACAAAAAAAAAAAUUUAAAAAGAAAAUCUGGGUUUCUACAACGGAGGGAUCUCAUCAGUCCACGGGCGUUAAAGCAGACGAGCUUCUGUGUAACCGAAGCUUUGUUUCCUAAAUGAGCAUUCCCACUGAACUGCAGCCCUUCACCUUUCUCCUGAGUAAGUGUGUUUUCACGUUUCUUACCGAGAGAAGUGUGAUGUGUAAAUUCACUUCAUACAUUAUUCUGUUUCAUUUUUCAAAAUUAAAUAUAUAUAAAAAUAUAUAUUUUUUGUUAGUCUAUACAUUGUAGAUUUUUUACAUAAAUGGCAAUAUUAGUUUGAAGUUUAGAGUGUAUUGUAGAUGAGCUGUAUAAGGGGAUAUUUGACAUUUAAUUCAAAAUUGAACUGGGAUGGCGGUGGAAAAGGGUUGACGGGAUGACAAAUGGAAAAUGUUAAAAGCGUUUGGUGUGUCCUUUUAUUCCAGUUUUAGUUGUGAAGCGUCUCAUCAGCUACCCAAGAGAAUUCUUUCUGUCCAUUUGGGAGCGUGUGGGCAGAAUCGGUGCCACGGACCUGCUGAGGCAUUCUGACCCCAGCAGGGGGCGCUGGAGAAAAAUGGGGGAGGGGAUUUUUGUCUCUAACAGUAAUUAUGCAACUGGUUUUUGAAUGUAGCUACCAUACAAAUGUGGAUCGCCUUCAUUUUCAAAGUUGUGUUCCUGGGUUUUGUCAGUACCGUGUAAUAGUUUUCACUUCACUCUUCUUUGUUUCUGAUGUCUGUCCUCAAUCGAGCAGCGCUUGGCGUGCAGCUCGCUGUUCAACUUCCUGCUCGUUUAUUUUGGAGGCAGAUGCCCGUGUUUGGGUGUAAGGUUAAGGGCAAUAUGGAGAACAAAAACAGUGUUAUUGUGAUGUUAUUCCCAUGUCAUGUCAUGUUGUGAAUGGCUUCUUUUUACCAACAUGUAAUCACAAAUGGGAGGUGGAGCAUUUUGUGUGUUUAAUUUCUACAAAAAGAGAUGAAGAAAAAGACCUAUACAAAUCAAUAGUGUGGCCUUUUCAUUCUCAAGACUUAAGAUGUCAUGAUGGGAGAGUGAUGCCUUAUCAGUGCCUGAACUUGUAUUUUAUUUUAUUUUUUUCAUUUAAGACAGUUUUUAUUUUGUGAACCAUAUCAUUUCAUUUAUCAUGGAGAUUAAAGAGGUACUUGUUCAUUCCCCCACCCUCCCUUCUCCUAAUGCUUUUUUCAGUUUUCAGGAAGAAGUUUAAAUGGUAUAAAGAGAUUUUUCUUUCAGUGUAUCUAGUUAAAAUAAAUAAAUGUUACAUAGAUCUUGUUUAGUUUUUAUUCCUCUUUUUUUCCCCUGAAAUAUUCAACUGGAUUGUCCAAUCUGCUGUGUUAGUGAAGGUCACGGGUCCAGGUCCUGAGUUUUCUGUCUGUCCUGUAUUGCUAAAGCGUGGCAGGGUUCAAGAGGUGCUGCUUCUGACUCUGCUUGUCUGCUUUUGAUGCACAGAAACCUGUUUCGGUAUGUGCUGCAUGGUGUCGGCGUGGACAGUUUAUUUUCAGGUGUAAAGACUUUCUGCAUUGUGGCGUCCAAGCCCUUCGCUGCAGUGACUUUCAGUAUGUGUCGUCACUAGUGACAAUUUUAAACCCCAACCUUUCACUCUUCCAGCUCUUUGAUGGUGUUGAUGGAGACUCUUGGGACAUCCUUGAUCACUUAAGUCAAAAAGUUGUGUUUUGAAGUUUUGUCUAUUGUCACAUGAUCAAUCUGUGUACUGGAUACUGCGAUGGCAAUUCCAAGAGAAGAAUCGGAUUAGAUGUAAAUUAGUAUUCCCUGGGCUGGACUUCUGUGGCGGGGGGAGCUUUUUCUUUCUUGUUUGAAGUCUUGAUAUAGACACAGUUUGAAAUCUGACAAACAAACAGCCACCCCAGUCACUGCAGGAGCUUGUAAAUGUUUCAGCUGAUGGGCUUGGACUUGUUUUGUUCACACGAGAGCAUAAUUAAAAACUUUCUUUCGA